ACCUAGACGACGGUACGUUAAGUCAUUACAUAGACAGCCUCAGAUCGCCGGAAAACUGGAUGAAGUUCGUAAGAUGUGCUCAUCACGCUAACGAACAAAACACAAACCUCGUACAACGAGGAAGUAAAUUAUACUACGAGACGACACGUGAUAUCAAUGAAGGGGAAGAACUGCUUGUGUGGUAUGGAGACGGUUAUGAAAUGGUGAUGGGGCUGCCGCUCAAGCUACGCACAAAGGAACAGAGUCAACAGGAUGGAUUGACAAAUAGUCCCAGCUACCCUUGCGAGCGAUGCGGUAAGCUCUUCGCCUACGACUAUUAUCGAGACAAGCACCUCAAGUACACAAGGUGCUUGGACAAAGGUGACCGUCGAUUCCCGUGCUCGUUGUGUGACAGAUCGUUCGACAAGCGUGACAGACUACGCAUUCACGUUCUUCACGUCCACGAAAAGCACAGACCUCACCAGUGCACGGUGUGUGACAAACGCUUCUCGCAGUCUUCCAGUCUCAAUAAACACAUGCGCGUACACAGUGGAGAGCGACCGUACAGAUGUCCUCACUGUGAGAAGGCAUUCACGGCGUCUUCUAUUCUGCGCACGCAUAUCCGACAACACAGUGGCGAGAAACCAUUUAAGUGCAAGCACUGUGGACGCGCAUUUGCGUCACACGCCGCGCAUGACAGUCACGUUCGUCGUACUCAUCUCAGAGCGAAGACGUGGACUUGCGAGUUUUGCGGGCUCUCUUUCUCCGACGUUAAGCAACUUCAUUUUCAUCGAACUGUCCACGGACAAGAAGGACCAUUCUCGUGUGAAUGGUGCCAUCGAAAAUUCCAAUCCAGAUUCUUGCGUGAUAUUCAUCAAAACAGUUUUGAGUGUCUUGUUGGAGAGAGAAUCCCCACAUCUCCAAUGGCGUCGUGAAUAUUGCACUCAGCCCAAAUUUUAAGAAUUCUUAUAGCUUAAAUCUUCUCUCUUCCAGUUAUUCCAAGCUUCAAUAUAUCUAUAUUCACAAAUUGUAUAACCUCAGUCAAAUAAACAAUACCGACACUUGAUAAUUCUCGCAGGUCGCCACUUAA